UUGUGCUUCCUUAAUAAGAGUUCCUCUUUACUUCUUCCUUUCUGAAAAGAAAGGAGGAAAGGAAGGCCAUCCUCUUGAAUACAUUCAGAGCGACAGGCAGCGGACACAAGCAAGAUGGGCCUCCAGCUGGAAGUCAGUCUGAUCCUGUUUCAUGUCGGUGUGGUGGGUGCCUGUACUGUCUCUGUGGUGCAACCAGGUUACCUAGAGGUGGACUACACUUCUGAGACUGUCACCAUGGAGUGUACCUUUUCCACAACUGGGUGUUCUUCAAAGCAACCAAGCAGCCUGUGGUUUCGCUGUGGCACUCAUCAGCCUGAGGCUCUGUGCUUGGAUGGAUGUAGAAAUAAAGCAGACAAGUUUACAGUGCAAGAAACCCUGGACCAAAACCGAGUCUCCCUCACUGUCAACAGGGUGUCUCCAAAUGACAGUGCAAUUUACAUUUGUGGAAUAGCAUUUCCCCAUGAACCAGCACCGAGAGCUAAACAGACUGGAAACGGGACUACACUGGUGGUAAGAGAAAGACUUCUCAGCAGGGAGGUGCACCAUCUCCUGAUAGUGCUCUUAGCACUGUUCUCUGUCUACAUCACCGGGGUGUGUGUGAUCGUCAUAGUCCUCUUCAAAUCAAAAUCUAACAGUCCAAGAGGCAAAGAAACCAAAGACAACUCACAAAAGAAGAGUGCUCGGCGCAUCUUUCAGGAAAUCGCUCAAGAAUUAUACCAUAAGAGAUAUGUGGAAACAAGCCAACAACCUGAGAGAGACGGCACUUAUGAAAACAGAAGAGCACUUCCCUAGUCCGGAAGACCAUAGAUGUGUUUACUUUUUAAUUAAAUCACUGAAGUACAACUCCAGCAUCUACGCAGUGUGAUGGACACUAACCAACCAAAAACACCCAAGACAGCUGGGGAUGUGGCUCAGCUGGCAGAGUGCUUGCCUAGCAGGCACAAAGCCCCAGGUUUGAUCCCCAUCACCACAUAACCUCAGCAAAGUGACACAGGCUAUACUCCCAACAUUCUGGAGGUGAAGUAAAGAGAGUCAGAGGAUGAAUUUGAGGUCAGAGACAUAUGUCACCUGUCUCAAAAACUGUUAUCACCAAAAGAAAAAGACAGAACAAAUGAGAAAGGCAGCCAGCUACGCCAGAAGGUAGAACAUAAGAAGCUGUCACUAACAGUAACUGCAAAAUAUGAAAACUUUAAGAAAAUUCAACUGGAGGAUCUCUUUUCCUAAUUUUCCAGGAACAAUCUAAGGAGGCAAACAAACAAACAAACAAAAAUCAGAACAGUCUUUUAAAACUGUUAUCACCUGUAUCCUGUCAGUCCCACACUAGGUAAGUCACGGCCAUUAACCCGGAGAAGUUUUAAAGUUAACCCACAGAUCUCAAUUCAGAGGGGGAGAUAAAUAUCUUCCUGAGUUGUGGAAAUGAUGAAACAGCUACAAUCAAGUGAGAGGGGAUGAAAAAGAGUGAUGAGAAGGCCAAUUUUUGAGUAAAAGAAACUCAUUGGACAAAGACUUUGGAACAAAGCUCAUUUCUUCUGAUACUAUAACGGAGCAAUGGGCAGUGCACAUUCUCAUGCUGAAGUAUCAGAACAACCAAGAAAAGCAAAACCAGAAGAGCGACCAGAGGAAGAACACAAAUAGAGAAACCCAAAGCGGAUAAAAUGCCUCAGAACAAAUGCAAUCAACUGACUCUAGAUGUCAGUGUGGUGCCAAAGACUUCUGACCCAGGGAGUGCCUGGGUCAUCACUUAUACUGAACCUAGGAGGAAGGCCUGGACCAACAAGGGCCUCACUAUUUCUCUAAGAGGUGUGCCAUGGAUUGUUCUUUGAAUAUAAAGUACCAAUAAGCUCACACUGCUCAUUAAAUUUGAUCACAGUGUAUUUUAUCACUACAGUUUCUUUUAAACAGGUACUAAAUGUCAUACACUUCUUAAAACUCAAAUACAGUCUUUACACACUUCAAAGUCUCUUUGGAAGAAUCUGAUACUGGUGGUUCAAAUCAGUGCUAUCCUGAUAACAUGUGUCCCAAAAACAGGAGAGGAAGGAGCAGGUGAUCUCACUUCACACACGGUGUGGUAUAUACGUAUGUAUAUGUAUGUUAGCAAAUACAAGCAAAGGAAAUAAAACAGUGGCAUACAGCA